UUCCUAGUGCAGGAUGGGCUAAUGGGAAAAGAAACAUUAUGGCUGCCAGUCUCUCUCUGACUCAGCUUUCAAGUGGAAAUCCUGUCUAUGAGAAAUACUAUCGGCAGGUGGACCUGUCCAACACUGGCCGAGUUGGCGCGUCCGAUGCAGCCUUGUUCCUCAAGAAGUCUGGCCUGGCAGACCUGGUCCUGGGGAAGAUAUGGGAUUUGGCAGAUGCAGAACGGAAGGGGUUUUUAAACAAACGGGAGUUUUUCAUUGCUCUGCGGCUGGUAGCCUGUGCUCAGAAUGGACUCGACGUGUCCCUCAGCAGCCUCCACCUGGCUGUCGUGCCACCCAAAUUUCAUGAUACAAGCAGCCCGCAGCUGGUUGCUGGAGCAGUGCCUAGCGAUGUUCCCUGGGCUGUCAAGCCGGAGGAGAAAGUGAAGUUUGAUGCCAUAUUCGAGAGCCUGUCCCCACUGAACGGCAUGCUGUCUGGGGAUAAAGUGAAACCAGUGCUGCUGAAUUCCAAACUGCCUGUAGAUGUUUUAGGACGGGUUUGGGAACUGAGCGACAUUGACAGAGAUGGAAUGCUGGACAGAGACGAAUUCGCAGUGGCCAUGUACCUGGUGUACCGUGCCCUGGAGAAGGAGCCUGUGCCAAUGUCCCUGCCUGCCCCACUGGUGCCGCCCUCCAAAAGAAAGAAAUCUGCCCUGCCCAGCGUGGUGCCCCUGCUGCCCUCGCCUCCCUCUGCCAAGGAGCUCCGCCAGUCCCUGCCAGCAGGGGGCAUGCUGCCCUCCAAAUCCCCGCCUGUGCCGAUAGCAGUGAAGUGGGUGGUGUCCCCAGCUGACAGAGCCAAGUAUGACGAGGUGUUCCUGAAAACAGACAAGGACCGGGACGGGCUGGUGUCCGGGCCCGAGGUACGAGACAUCUUCCUGAAGACCGGCCUGCCUUCCAGCACCCUCGCUGGCAUCUGGGAGCUGUGUGACACAAAGGACUGUGGGAAGCUCUCCAAGGAGCAGUUUGCUCUGGCUCUGCACCUAAUCAACCAGAAGCUGACGAAAGGGGUGGAGCCACCCCAGGCCCUGACUGGAGACAUGAUCCCGCCCUCAGACAGACUGACACACCAGGGCAGUGCUCCCAGCAGCUUGGUGGCAGACUUCUCCGCGAUCAAGGAACUGGACUCCCUGAGUAAUGAGAUUGUGGAUCUGCAGAGGGAGAAGACGACUGUGGAACAAGACAUCAAGGAAAAUGAGGACAGCUUCAAACAGAGAACCAGCGAGGUCCAGGAGCUGCAGGACGAGGUGGCGCGGGAGAGCGAGGAGCUCCAGAGGCUGCAGGCCCAGCGACAGGAGAUCCAGGAGGUGCUGGGGGAGCUGGACCAGCAGAAGGCAGCCCUGGAGGAGCAGCUCAGCCUCAUCCGCCAGCAGAGCAGCCAGGAGAGCCAGCUGAUCUCGUCCCUGCAGGCAGAGCUGUCCAGCCAGCAGUCUCAGGUGUCGGGGUACGAGGAGGAGCUGGGGCGAGCUCGGGAGGAGCUCAGGAAGCUGCAGCUCGAGACGGCUCAGAUGGAGCAGAAGGUCGAGGCUGGCAAGGUCCAGCUGGAGCCACUGCAACAGGAGCUGCACAGCACCCAGCAAGAGAUCGCCGAGGUGCAGGGCAAGCUCUCUGAGCUGCAGGAGGCAGAGGAGGGCGUGAAGGGCCAACUGACCUGGCACAGUCACCUGCAAAGCAGCAUGGUGAACGGCACGAGCGAGGGGGAGCGAGCCGAGACCCCCGAGCAGCAAGAGGACCCCGAAACAACCUCCAGCCCUCAGGAGGCUGAAGAGGAGCUCUACACAGACUGGGACACCACCAAGCAGGCAGACACUCCAGCGGAGAGAAGCAGCCCAGUAUCCUCCCGUGCAAACACAAUGAGUGAAAGAGAAAUGGUGACUGAAACAGCAAGUAUUCCCAAGGAGAAAUCCUUUGAUGCCCAGCCUAACCCACCGCCUCAGCAAGCCAGCCCCUCUGCACAGAGCGGCCUGGACUUCUUCCAGUCAGACCCCUUCACAGACAGUGACCCCUUCAAAGAUGAUCCAUUUGGGAAGGUGGAUGUUUCAGACCCCUUUGGUGGAGACCCUUUCAAAGGCACAGACCCCUUUGCUUCAGACUCCUUCUUCAAGCAGCCAUCUGCAGACCCCUUUUCUGCAGGAGGGGACCCCUUCACCAGCACGAAAGGAAGCACAGCUCCUGUCGACUCCUUCGGUGCUGCGGCCAGCAGGAGCAGCACUGUGCGGGGAGACCUGUUCAGCACUGCAUCCGGCAACACAAGGGAACCAGACCUCUUCAACACUACAUCCAGCAAUGCUGGGGAACCAGAUCUCUUCAACACAGGGGAACCGGACCUCUUCAACACUACAUCCAGCAAUGCUGGGGAACCAGAUCUCUUCAACACAGGGGAACCAGACCUCUUCAACACUGCAGCCAGCAAAGCUGGGGAACCAGAACUCUUCAACACAGGGGAACCGGACCUCUUCAACACUGCAGCCAGCAACGCUGGGGAACCAGACCUGUUCGAUACUGUAGCUGGCAGAACUGGGCUCUCCACGGCGGAUAUCUUGCAGUCCAAUGACCCGUUCGCGCCAGGCGGCACGGCAGUGUAUGCAGCCCCUGACACAGUAGCAGACCCCUUUGCCUCCUUCUUUGGGAAUGACUCAUUUGGAAGUGGAUUCGCUGACUUCAGCACACUGUCCAAGUCAAACGGACUCGACCCUUUCAACACUAGCUCCGCCCCCGACGUCUUUAGUAGUAAGAAUGUAUUCGCGGAGGAGGUACCAAAGAGCCAGGACACACCACCGGCCCUACCACCCAAGAUAGGAACGCCCACAAGACCCCCUCCUCCUCCCCCAGGAAAGAGGUUGUCCCUUUCCAGGUCGGAGUCCUCGGACUCGUACAAGCGGAGCGACCCGUUCCAGACGCAGGGUUUGGGGGAUCCCUUUCUGUCAGAGUCCCAAGACGAGAAGCUCCGGGAAUCCUUCUCGACAUCGUCCCCCAGCAAGACUCCUCCAGACCCGGCUAACUUCAGCAGCUUCAACAGCUACCCCACUGAGGAGGACUUGAUCGAAUGGGCGAAGCGCGAGAGUGAGCGGGAGGAGAAGGAGAGGCUUGCCCGGCUCACCCAACAGGAACAGGAAGACCUGGAGCUGGCCAUCGCCCUCAGCAAGUCUGAAAUCUCGGAGGUGUGAGGCAGCUUCCUCACCUCUCUUUAAACCCAUGUAUAUUCAAAAAGAAAAGACAGGAAGGCCUUGGCAGGAGACCGGUGCAAAAGAUUUGAAGGUGCUCUGAAUUUGUAGUGGAACAGAAACCAGCCUCUAUUUGGUGUGCAACAUAUUUUAAAAGAUUUUUACUGGAGGUGAGGGGGUCUUUGCUAUGGAAAUAGUUCUCAUGACCCGGGUUGGGAUUAGUUUGGGCACUGGGGUGGUCUCAUUUCCUGGGGAUAAGGUUGGUUGAAGGUAGGAUUCAUCUCCUUUCCCACUUUGAUGGCUGUCAGGGGUCUUGAGAGUAGGAAUGCCUUGUUUAUUUUUGCGAGGGUUUGGGGAUUGAGACGUUCCAGUUUUUAGCUGCUCGUGCCAAUUGCUGUGAAUGAUUAAGGCAGCCCGAGGAGGGCGCUCCAGAUCUUUUUGCACCUUGUUUUUUCUUUUGGCAAAACCAGAAUAGGUGAACGAUCCAACCUUCCAUGUUAUCUCCGUGGAUUUGAAGCUCAGAGCAUUGUCAAACUCCAUAAAGCUAUAGUAGAUCUACAUAACAUAAUUUACAGUUACAUGAGGAAAGUUUAAGUCAGCCGUACUGACUAUAAACUUGCAUCAUGUAUAUAUAUAAAUGUAUGUCUGAUGCCAAGUAUGGGGCGAAUAACACAUUUUAAGCUAAAAAUCCCCUUCGGCCAGAUAACAGGACAGGGAUCUAGGGCUCUGGUCUAACUAGAGAUUUACACUUGUAAUGCAAAAAACAAAAACCUUCUAUAUUCCUUUCUACCUGGUUCUUUAAAUGUAGUGCGGAUGGUUGUGCUCAACCAAUGGGUGCUAAGAGGUGCACUCUCUAUAGCCAAUAGGUACAUGAAAGGAGGGGUACUGCAGCCAAUGGGUAUCAAGAAUGGGUAAUGCUUGAAAUCUAAAGAUUUGCAACUCCAGUCCUCAGGAGACAGUAACAGUGGGUUUGUGUUUCUACCAAGACCAAUAUUUUACCUUAAAUCUGCACUGCUUCAUGGUGCUUUCCGGCCAAGUGGUCAACAAUUAAGUAACAGGCAAUAUAAUUUGAAAGAGUGCAGCACUUUACAGUUUGGGGGGGGGGGAUUGCUGUAAUAUGUGAAGGCUGCAGAAUGCCUUACUGUAUUCAUUGCCUCUUGAAGUCAUUGUGAUUAUUUUGAUAACCUGGUGCUCAGUACCCCCUGUUUCGUAGCCUCUGGAUAUGCUUGGAACAGCGGAGGAGAAGUGUGUAGAGGCACGGUUGUAUCCUGCUAGAUCCGUAAGGAGAGGACAUUUAAAAAAAACCUUCAGGUGGUUGAGUGCAAUGUUAUUAAAUAGAACUUUAGAACCGUGCCAUCCAUCUUUUGCACUUAAACUGGGUUUAGCUGUUGGUUGGCAGAGGGAUUGAAAUGCAUUUAUUACAGAGCAUGAGUAGAACAAUGUAAUUGUUGUGGAGAUGAGAUUUUGCCUUUUAAUUAAUAUGCUGUUAGAAGUGGAUUUCCACCACUAAUAUUAAAACUAAACAUUAUAAUCCUACUGCUACCACCAUGUAGCUUUUCUUUAACAUCAGACUAAUCGUGUAUUGAUGGAUCGGAAUCUCAAUUUGCAGUUUCUCCUUCCAGGGUGCUCAGCUGUUAAUACACAAACUAAACCACUGUAGGGGCCAGAAGAGCAUAUUUGUUGCAUAAACGAGUCGCCCAUUUUGCAUUGGCCCAUUGCUUUGCUGAGCAUGCAGUAGGCACAGAAGUCUAAGUAAAGGGACCUGGAGUGUGGCUAAUUCUGCAUCCCAAUCCACUGCAGCCUCUGAACAUGCUACAUUAACCACUACAAAGAUACUCCAUUUAAACAAAGCAGGUUCAAGUGUCCGUGUUUCAAAGCCUGCUGUCCACAGACCUCCAAUAGUGUAUGCUGCUGAUUUUUCCUCCUGUCUUUUCAAUAGAACUAAACCACUAGCCUGCAUUUCACUACUUAAACGCCCCCCCAGCCUCCAACAUUCACUAGGGUGGUGGAGUGCCACGUGCCUUUAGAUUUAGUUUUAACACCAGGUACAGUAACUCCUUCAUCGAUCAUUGUAGAGCUCAUAUUGUUUCUGUUUGUACAACAUUAUGGGGUUACUGUUCUUUAUCCAGUUUGUUGAGGUUUGGUAGCAAUAGCCAGCAAAGAUUAGUUUCCAUGGGAAUUUAUUGCAGCAGCGUCAUUUUCUAAACAGUCCUUUUUUUUCUGGUAACCUGCAACAAGGUGGCCUAUUGUCAUGAAGGUUUGUUACCUGAAGAAAUUUCCAGUGAAACCAGCCUCUUUGUUGACUACUUUUACAGAACCUCAUUUUACAAAUAUCCAUCAGAUUUUUAAAUAAUGGUACAAAGGUAAGGCAACCGCCAUUCGAAUGACAGAGACUCUGUUCGCUAACUCUUACGGUAUUCUUGGUCAACAGUUUCCACUAAAAUAAGAAUGAAGUCAUUAAUGUUUGUGCAGUGCUGUUCAUGCUGUCACACAGUUCUGGCUCUAGGAACACUCCCCCCCCCCCCCCCCUUGAAUUCUCAGUCUUUCCAAAUCUUUGCAGUGCCCAUGAAGUCUUUUACUAAUUGUAUAUAUUGGAGCCAUGGCUGUUUCUCCAGCUCGUCUCAUUGUAAUAAAGACACUCCUGUUCCUGUUACUGAUGUGAAUUGUAUAGAUGCCUGUCACAUAUAAAACCACUGAUGUACGUUAACAGCCUACCUAUAUAUGCUUUUUAAAUUUUAUUUUUUAUAUUUUAACUUGUCCUGAUAUUUUUUUUUCAUAUUCUCAUAUUUUUUUGUUUAUGGAAAAUCCUUAAAUUGUCUAAAUUUCUUGAUUAUAACCUGUAAUUAAAAUAAUAAAAUAUAUAAAUUCUGUUCAA